AUGAAUAUCUUUACUUUGGCAGCUUAUCUGCAGGGUGUCAAUACAGCGAAAAAAGGGGAUGACACUGAAGACUCCGACAUAGUUUGUCAGGAUGGUGGUCUGGAUUGGCAGCUCGAUGAAAGCCUUAGCAAAUCUCGCGUUUGCUUUGGAUUGGGAUUGGCUCAGGAUGAAUUUAACUGGAAUGAUGCGGAGAAGUACUGCAACUCAAAGGGAGGUCAAUUACCAACGCCGUCACAGGAUGAAUAUGCUCUGCUUGAUAAUGGUCGAGUGCCGCUUGGAUUUGUAAACAAGAAUGGCAAAUGGAUGAAAAAGGUUCACGGAGAGCUGGAACCACUCAAAGAUGCUCCGACUGAUAAAACUGAAACAAUGGCUCUCAUCCGGAAUAGUGGGAAAGUCGGUGCGAUUUUUGCCUAA